AUGUGUAAGUUAUUUUUAGGAGCCUGGAAACUCUUUUCUAGUGAAAACUUUGACAGCUAUAUGAAAGAACUGGGGGUGGGUUUUACUAGUAGGAAACUUGGCAGCCUGGACAAGCCCAGUGUGAUCAUCAGCAUCAAUGGGGAUAUAAUAACCAUCAAGACAGAGAGCACCUUUAAAAACACCAAGAUCUCCUUCAAGCUGGGAGAAGAGUUUGAAGAAACCACAGUAGAUGACAGGAAAACCAUGAGCACUGUAACUGUGGACAGUGGCUCUCUGACUCAGGUGCAGAAGUGGGAUGGCAAACAGACCACAAUCAAGAGAGCGCUGGUGGAUGGGAAGAUAGUUGUGGAAUGCACCAUGAACAAUGUCACCUGCACUAGAGUCUGA